AUGCGUUUCAGGUUCCGACCAAAUUCAACCGUGACCGUCCAUUUUAAAAACCGUUUAAUUCCCUCGCGAACUAACCGAAACUCGUUUUCUUCUUCCUCUGCAACUUCCUUUGAGGUGAAACAGGAUCAUGGUUUCAUGGUAAAACGAGGGACUUACAAUUCUCUGUUCCUCCAAAACAAGCUUUUGCAAGCUUACACGAAUGGGAGAGAUUUUGAUGAUGCAGGCAAGCUCUUCGACGAAAUGCCUCUGAGAAAUAUCUUAACUUGGAACAUUUCGAUUCACGGGGUGAUUCACCGAUACCGAGACGACGGUGACACUAAGCAAAAAGUUCGUCUUGGCUUUUGCUAUUUGAGUCGGAUUCUUCUCAGUGAAGUGAGUUUGGAUCAUGUGACAUUCAUUGGUCUGAUUCGUUUGUGUGCUGAUUCAACGCAUGUUGAAGCUGGGAUCCAAUUACACAGUCUGAUACUGAAACAAGGUCUCGAUUCAAAUUGCUUCCUGAGCACUACUCUCGUUGAUUUCUACGGGAAAUGUGGUCGCAUUGCUGAAGCGAGACGAGUUUUCGAGACGGUUUUGUGUAGAGAUUUAGUGUUAUGGAACGCUUUGAUCUCGUCUCAUGUUCUUAACGGUAUGGUCGAUGGAGCUUUUGGUUUGCUCAAGCUAAUGAGAUCAGAGAAUGGAUUCUCAGGUGACGAUUUCACUUUCUCUAGCCUUCUCAGUGCGUGCCUGAUCGAACAAGGGAGGCAGAUUCACGCCAUUGUCUUCAAGCUCUCAUUUCACUUUGAUAUUCCAGUGGCGACUGCGUUGGUCAAUAUGUAUGCCAAGAGUAACCAUACGAGAGCCGCUCGCGAGUGUUUCGAAUCGAUGGUUGUGAGAAAUGUAGUGUCUUGGAACGCGAUGAUUGUUGGUUAUGGACAAAACGGAGAAGGAAGAGAAGCUAUGAGACUUCUUGGUGAGAUGCUUCGUGAGAAUCUGAAACCAGAUGAGCUUACCUUUGCAAGUGUUUCAAGUUCCUGCGCUGAGUUCUCUGCGGUUCAGGAGAUUAAGCAAGUCCAUGCCAUUGUUUCUAAAUUUGGCUUUGCAGAGUUUCUGUCUGUGGCUAAUUCUCUGAUCAGUGCUUACUCCAAGACUGGAAAUUUAUCUGAAGCACUUCUCUGUUUUCGUUUGAUUCGAGAACCUGAUCUUGUUACAUGGACUUCAGUAAUCGGAGCUUUAGCUUUUCAUGGAUUCGCAGAAGAGAGCUUGAGAAUGUUUGGGAGUAUGUUGCAGAGACUUCACCCAGACAAGAUCGUUUUCUUAAAGGUUCUCUCUGCUUGUAGCCAUGGAGGAUUAGUUCAAGAAGGGGUUCGCUGCUUCAAACUAAUGACUGAGGUUUACAAGAUAGAGCCAGAGGAAGAACACUACACAUGUCUGAUCGAUCUUCUUGGUCGAGCAGGUUUCAUCGACGAGGCCUUUGAUGUUUUAAGGUCAAUCUCUGUAGAACCAUGCACAGAUGCUGUGGCAGCUUUCACAGCAGCAUGUAACAUCCAUGAGAAGAGAGAAUCCAUGAAAUGGGGCGCAAAGAAGCUUCUUGAAACUGAACCUAGCAAACCUGUGAACUACUCUCUCUUGUCAAAAGCUUACAUCUCUGAAGGCCAUUGGGACCAAGCGGCUCUAAUACGUAAAACAGAGAGGAGAAAUUGCAAUAGUUCCAAAACUCCAGGUUGCAGUUGGCUUGGGGACUAG